CAUCUACUCGAAUGUAAGUUCUGAAGAAAUGGAAAGCACUAACAGAAAACCCUUGGAGAAUUUCUGAGAGUCCAGCAAGAAAAUUGGAAAAAACGACUUGCAGAAUUUCACCAGACCUACGACUGAUUCACUGCUAAUGCAACACUAAUUGAAGACAUCUUUGUAUAUAAGAUACGAGGAUGUUUGUGUUGCUUUACAUUACAAGUUUUGCCAUAUAUACAAGUGAACAGCCUCUUCAAAGCCAGUUCAAAGGAGAAAAUUACUACACGAGAUACAUUUGUAGCAUACCUGGUUUGCCAGGCCCUGCAGGUCCUCCCGGAGCUAAUGGAUCCCCAGGGCCACAUGGACGUAUUGGUCUUCCAGGAAGAGAUGGUAGAGAUGGCAGGAAGGGAGAAAAAGGUGAAAAAGGGACUGCAGGUUUAAGAGGAAAGACUGGGCCUUUAGGACCAGCUGGAGAGAAAGGAGACCAAGGUCAGUCUGGUAAAAAAGGACCUGGAGGAUUGACUGGUGCCAAAGGUGAAGUAGGUCCAGCUGGACCACCUGGACCUAAGGGAGAUAAAGGAGACCGAGGAGAGCCAGGUGCACCAGGGGUCUGUAAAUGUGGAAAGAUAGUUCUGAAAUCCGCCUUUUCUGUUGGCAUCACCACCAGCUACCCAGAGGAAAGAUUACCAAUCGUGUUCAAUAAAGUCCUCUUCAAUGAGGGUGAGCAUUACAACCCUUCCACAGGGAAGUUUAUAUGUGCCAUCCCAGGGAUUUAUUAUUUUUCUUAUGACAUCACCUUAGCGAAUAAGCAUCUUGCAAUUGGGCUGGUUCAUAACGGGAAGUACCGGAUAAAGACAUUUGAUGCAAACACGGGAAACCAUGACGUAGCUUCGGGAUCCACAGUGAUCUAUCUUCAGCCAGAAGACGAAGUGUGGCUUGAGAUCUUCUACACUGACCAAAACGGUCUCUUUGCAGAUCCCACAUGGGCAGACAGUUUGUUUUCUGGAUUUCUCUUAUAUGUUGAUACGGAUUACCUUGAUGCCCUAUCAGACGAAGACGAGCUCUGAAGUGGAUGAUGUCAAAUCACAUCCAGAUUGGACAGCUCAACACAGGAUUUUAUCUGGCCAAGCUUUGGGGACGUAAUUAAAGAGAAAGAAUAUGGGAGUUAUUUUUCGCUUUGACAAGAACCGAAUUCAGAGGUUCAGAAGAAUGUUUCUAGAAUCCAAACUGGAUUCUUUACCAAACAGCAGGGAUAACAAAAGGAACUAUAAAUAAAAAAAGACUGCAUCACUCCAGGACUGACUCUUCUUGAAACUUAUGUUUAUAAUACUAUUUAAACAAAAUUAAGAUAAUGUACAUUUUUUUAUAUAUAAAAUAUAUUAUGUUGCAAUGUAGAAUGGCUAUUUUCUAUAUGACAUUGAAGUAAAACAGAGU